GCUCAAACACUCCAUCUCUAUAUAUUUACACCCCAUUUAUCAAUUUUUACUCACACACUCUCACUUCUUUCGCAUCUAUAGGCAAUACUCAUAAAGAUCCUCCUCUGUCUUCAAAAUCUCUGCAAAAAUGGCUAAAGACAAGGAAAAGUCCGCUACCACCGGGAAAUCCAAGUCGAAAUCCAGAGCACAAAUGAGCUUCCCCGACGACCGCUUCCACUACCAAGACGAGUCGUUCCUAUGGUUCAACCUGCACCAAUCUGCACUUUGGACCUUCGUCUCCAAGUCCAAGAGGACCUACAAUCUGGCGCUGGUUCGAUCCUUCUACUCGAACCUCCGGCGUGACAGAGACGUCAUCUACAGCAUGGUCAAGAACACGCCGCUUGAGCUCACCCUUGAGCAUCUUGGACGCAUCGUCGGGCUUCCCUUUCAAGGCAGUGACAUCUCCAAUUACGGCAGAGAAGACUGGGUGUAACACCCUAAUCCGUCCAGGUCUGCAGCCCCUUUCGGACUAAAGUAUUAACUUGGUAAUCGUAAAAUUUAAAACUUUUCAAACACUUUUAUUUAUCAUAAUAAUAUUUUUCAUAUCAUAAACAGUACAGAAUUUUCAAUAUUGCGGAAGCUUAACAAAUCAUAACCACAAACAUAAUUUAUUUAUAUUCUUUAAUUCAAAACCAUCACAUCCAUUCCGACUAUCUCGCCUCCGUCUGCCUCCAGGAUCACGUCACAUCAAUCUAUUGACCUGCGUGUAACAAAUAAAACACACUACACGCUCAGCGGCCAAUCACUUUAAUAUUUGUCAACCCUUUAAUGAAUUCUAGUUUAACUA